GAUCCACCACUAUUAAAUGUCGCUUUGAAAUGGCGGACGUUUAGGGGGAGUGUCUCGCAAAAAUUUGUAUUACAGGAUAUUUUAUACGCAAUAAGAUAAUAUUUCCUAUUCGUACAUUCCGAUAAAAGACUGAUUAACAUUGUAUAAAAGUGGAAAAAGAUGGCUUGGAGGUUUAAAGCUUCAAAAUACAAAAAUGCGGCACCAAUUGUGCCCAAGCCUGAAGCAUGUAUUCGAGAUAUAUGUGUCGGGUCAUACCAAACAUAUGGGAACAACAUUUGUGCUUCUGCAGCAUUUAUGGCCUUCAAUUGGGAGCAUGUGGGGUCCAGUCUUGCUGUGCUGCCACUCGAUGACUGUGGAAGAAAGAGUAAAACAAUGCCAUUGCUCCAUGCUCAUUCAGAUACCAUAACGGAUAUGGAAUUCUCACCGUUCCAUGAUGGUUUACUACUUACAGGGUCCCAGGAUUCAUUGGUGAAAGUGUGGCAUAUCCCACCGGAGGGUCUCAAGGAGUCGCUCUCCACAGCUGAAUGCACGCUCUCACAGAAGCAGCGGCGAGUAGAGAAUGUUGGAUUUCACCCAGUGGCCGAUGGGUUGAUACAUGUCGCAUCCGGCCAUGAAUUUGCUUUAUGGGAUUUGACCAAGCAGAAAGAAGCUUUUGUGAACAAAGAUCACGGCGAGGUGAUUCAGUCGUCAUCGUGGAAAAAAGAUGGGCGGCUGAUCGCGACCUCUUGCAAGGAUAAGAAAGUGCGCAUCAUUGACCCUCGUGCGUCGAGCGCUGUACUCGAUGUCGCCAACAGCCAUCAGAAUAUCAAAGACAGCAGGAUCGUCUGGUUGGGGGAUCAGGAUCGUAUUUUAACCACAGGAUUCGACUCUGCCAGACUGAGACAGAUUAUGAUUCGAGAUGUUCGUAACCUCUCGCAAACCCAGAAGACCUUGGAACUGGACUGUUCCACUGGUAUCCUGAUGCCGUUGUUCGAUCCUGACACCAACAUGUUGUUUUUGGCGGGGAAGGGAGAUACCACUAUUCUCUACAUGGAGUUGACGGAUCGCGAGCCAUACCUCAUCGAGGGGUUGAGACACUCUGGCGAGCAGACUAAAGGCGCAUGUCUCGUGCCGAAGCGCGCUCUCCGCGUGAUGGAGGCCGAGGUGAACAGAGUGCUGCAGCUCGCGGGCUCCACUGUGGUGCCCAUUAUGUACCAAGUACCCAGAAAGAGCUAUCGGGACUAUCACGCUGACUUAUACCCGGAGACCAGCGGCGCGGUGACGUACCUGAGCGCUCCCAUGUGGCUGCAGAACCAGGACUACCCGCUGCCCAGCAUCUCCAUGCAUCCAGACGCCAAUAAUACACAGGUACACAGAGGAAAUUUGGAGGAGGUUGUAACAACGAUCUUGGCGAUGCCGCCGCUAAAGAAAAUCGAUGCCAAGAAACCUAUCACUCCAGUUCAAGUUGAGGAACCAGUUAAACCGGUAGCUAAACCUCAAUCAGAACCCAAAGACGAGGACCGCAUAGAUUUCGUCAACGUUAAAGACUUAAUCAAAGACAUGGAACGUCAAAAGAGUAAGGAGCCCAAAACCACAGAUUACUCCAAAGAGACAAAUGGUUUCCACAAAAAGAUUAUCGAUAACGGCCAUGACAACUUUAUCGAUAAGAAAGUUCUAGAUGCUGAACCGGAAAUUGUUGAAAAUAUCGAAAAGAUAGACGAAGAUAAUGAAAAGACCAUGGAGAAUAAUGAGAAGACCAUUUAUAGGGCUGAAAAGACGAUAGAAAAGAACGACAGCUCUGAUUCUGUGGAGAGUUCUCUGUCAAGGAGCAAUAGUCUUAUCAAUGGGAUGCCUGUACAAGUGCCAAAGCCGUUGCCAAGAUCUUCGAUUUCAGAGCCAGGCUCGGGAGAAGAGCAUUCAGAAGCUCCUAAGCCCAAACCUAGAACAACUACAGUACCAAUUUCUGGUUAUAAGCCUCGCCUGGGCCCGAAACCAUUCUCCACGUCGUCCGGCAGCGAAGACUUCUCCUUUGACAAAGUGUUCUCAGUGCCGGCCGUUCCCGGCAUGACUAAAUCUGAUUCUGCAACAUCGCCAAUCACAACAGCGGGUACGCCGAUGACGUCUACGCCCACCGCGAAGGAGUCUUCAGAGGAGAAAGACAAGUCUCUCUCUCCGACUAGCGACGUGGAGGUCGCUACUAAAGAGGAAUAUAUAAAUGGCAAAUCGGAUACAAGCUUAGAAGAAGAAGUGAACUCAUCGGACUCUGGGUACAGACCCAAGACACCGAGCACAGCCGAGAGGCGAAAACUAUUCGAGACUACCGACGGAAACCAGUCGAUAGCAGAACGACGGCGCGCGUACGAAGCCCGUUCUGUGAGCGUCGCCGUCGAGUCCGAUACGCCGCCGUCGCCCGCGCCGCUCAGACGCAGAGACUCGCUAAAGUCCCGCAAAAGUCCAGAGCGUGAGGACAAACGCGCUUCGGUGCCUAAUGUUACCACCAAGAGGACGUCAACUGUGUUUGGUAAAGUAUCAAAAUUCCGCCACUUGAAGGGCACGCCCGGCCACAAGUCGACGUGUGUUGAAAACAUCAAGAACAUUAGCAGGCAGAUCUCUGGAGAGUGUAAUGGGUUUUAUGCGAACGGUGUCCGGUGCGCGGUGCCGCUGAGCGGCGGCGGCGGCCGCAUCGGCGUGGUGGAGCUGCCGGGCGGCGCCACGCCGGCGGCGCGCGCAGCCGCCGCGGCGCCGGGCGGCGUGGCGCCGGCCGCGCUGCUGCACGCCGCGCCGCUGCAGGACUGGGCCUGGGACCCGCACUGCGACCGCCGGCUGCUCGUCGCCUGCGACGACGGGCUUGUGCGCGAGUGGAUCCUGCCCGACGGAGGCCUCCAAGAAUCAACGAACGAACCAGCCCGUACGUUCGCCGCCCACCCCGACAAGAUCUACCUGAUCCGAUUCCACCCGACCGCGUCCGAUCUUCUGACCACCGCCGCCCACGAUCUCACCGUGAAGAUAUGGGACCUCAGCGAGGAGGAGCCGAAAGUUGCAAUCACUCUCACUGGUCAUACAGAUCAGAUCUUCGCUAUCGACUGGUCACAAAGUGGAGAGUACCUCGCUACUGUAUGCAAGGAUGGACUUGUCAGGAUAUUCGAGCCGCGAGCAUCGCCAGAGGCGCUUCGCAGUGGCCGCGGGCCGCCCGGGGGAAGAGGAGCUCGCGUGGUGUGGGCGCUCGGCGAUACGCGGCUCGUCGUCACCGGCUUCGACAAAGUAUCGGAGCGUCAGAUCCUGCUGUACUGUGCCAGCGACCUGUCGGCGCCGCUGUGCACGGUGGGGCUGGACGUGUCGCCCGCCAUAUUGCAGACCUACAUCGACCACGAUUCAGGCACGCUCUUCCUCACAGGACGGGGCGACUCGACGAUCUACUGCUACGAGGUGGCGUGCGAGGCGCCGUACGUGGCGCCACUGUCGCACCACCGCGCCGCCUCGCUGCACCAGGGCAUCGCCUUCCUGCAGAAGAACAUGGUCGCCGUCGAUAAGGUUGAAUUUGCACGAGCGUUGCGACUUACAAACGGAAAUAUCGAGCCGCUGUCGUUCACAGUGCCCAGGAUAAAGAGCGAGCUGUUCCAAGACGACCUGUUCCCGCCGACGGCGGUGACGUGGGAGCCGUGGCAGUCGGCUAAGGACUGGCUCGCGGGACGAACUGCGCCGCCGCGUACUGUCAGUCUGCAACCGCCUGGCAUGGAGCCGCUAUCCGCUCAUACGACACCCGCCACGCCGCGGCCUGAGAAGCCUCAGCAGAAACCCAAACCAGACUUGAUCAAGUCGCACGUACCCCUGGACCCCAAGGAGAAGCAGGAUAGUAUAAUGAAGUCGAUGAGCGCCAGAGUGCAGAUGGAUCUCAAGUUGGAACAGGACAGUAUGGAGGGGGUGGAAGAGGCCGAGUGGGACCAUUAGGGCUCCGAAGUGCAAUUGUAGCUUAGUAUCGAGGCUCCCCUACAUGGCCGUUAAACAACACAAUCAGUCUAUCGCCUGUGCUAGACCCAGAGAAAACAGGCACAUAAGACGAGAUAAAAAAGUAUUAUAAACAUCACAAAGGUAACGUUUAUAGGCAACUAAACUGAUGUAAAAAGGCAAUAUUUCAGUGGUAUAUUUCUCAAGGAGCAAGUAUUAAUUUUCAAUUACUGUCCAGCCCCACAAAGAAAUAUAUUUAAUCACCAAUCAAUGUGCAAUGCAUAUUUUGCAUUUAAUCAUUGACAACUGAAUGGUGAGAUUUUUAUAAGGGGAUAGGAUACAAAAAGCCAGAGGCACGUCUGAACACAAUAUAAAAUUAUCCAAAACUAUUUAGAGAUUCUCCACAUUUGUCCUAUAGUCAUGUCGUGUCCUGUAAGAAUCAGUUGAUACAAUUAUUUUAAAAAUUAAUUAAAGUGAGUAUUUUUGGUGUUUGUUUUUGUGCCUAAUGGUAAAUUCGUGAUGGGGCCUUGAACACCAUAACCGUUAUUUCAUAAUAGAACCCAACAGGUUGUAAUAAUGGAACAGCAAUAUUUUCUAGAACUUUUUCCCUGAGUAACCUACGCUAUGAGAAAUAGUUCACUUUUAAAUAUUCUAGCUAUAACGAUAUUAGUAUUUUAGUGUAGGUGAAUACAUCUUUACUCGCACAUAAUUGUAUAAUAAGGUUUUAUAAAUUUAUACGAAGUGUAUAAAAAAAAAUUUGUCCCUGUCGCCACGCGGAUACAAAGUAUCAAGAAGGAGCGCACCCAACAUAUUUUUACACAUUUUUAUAAUAUUGGCAUUGGAUAUAAGUCUAAUGGACUUCGUACAUGGUCAAACGGCUUGAAUUAAUCACGUAUCCAUUGCUGCUUGCAGACAAAGAAAUAUUUUAUAUCUGUUGUGUAAGCAGUAAUGUAUGCGCCAAGGGGUGACAAAGAAACUCAAUAUCACAUUUAUAUUCGUAAAAAUAAUAAAAAUAAAACUAAAUAGACGUUAAAUUACCAAUGCGCCGCUAGAUGGCGUUGUAUAAAAGUUAAACAUGUUAUCAUUAUGUUUCUCUCUAAAUAUUAAUUUCGUAGCAAUCUUUCUUUUAGGACAAUUAGACCCUAAAAAGGUCGUGAGUUCGAAUUUUGGUGUAUUUUUGGUGACUAAUCUGCGGUGAGCAGAAGUCUGUAUUAAAUUUAAUUUUAAAACUUAGUUGAACAAUUCUACAGUAUUUUGCCCACUCGAAAAUUUUUCGGUACUCACUUCAGAAAACGAGCGAAGCUUAGCAAAAAUGUCUGAGAAUACAUACAUUAUUAAGAGGGCAGGCUCCCCCUAGAAAUUAAUCUUUAAUACGCCAAUAAGGAUACGUGAUUGAUUGAAGCAGUUUCAUCAACUAUAGAACCCUUAACGCUAUUAUCAAAAUAGCGGUGGGUUUUUUGUGUGUGUUUUUAAGUAACCACCUUGGAUUCCUGUCGUUUGACACGAGAAUAAAUGCUAUUGCGAUCUCAGGAUAUGACCAAACUAUACCUGUGACAACCAUGCUCAUUGUAAUGCUCAUUUUUUUUGUAAAAAUAUGCAUUUUUAUUGUGACGCGACUCGUGUUGAUAUUUGUCUGCAUUGAAGUUUAAUAUUCGAGGUAUGUACGUAUAUAUAGAUAUCCUACUAUACUUCAUCAUCAUCAUCAUAUCAUGAUGAAGAUGAUGACAGAUUUCUUACUAUUAUUUUGCAUAGAAGCAGCCGGUCGUAAAACUAUAAGCCAAAUCUUUUUGUAAUAUGGAUAAAAACAUAUUACGCCGACCACAAACAAUAAUUGGGAUAAGGGUAGGAAGGUGAUGAUUUUGCAUAGUAUAAUUGUUAGAUUCGCUGUAAAUCUCGUACCACUAUGUAGACAUACUCAUAUUCCUUGGGUACCUCUGUUCCAUUCGUGUUUCAACCGUGAAGCAGCUGUGUUUGCAUGGCUGUGUUUCGGUUUGAAGGGUGGGAUAUGGCGUGAAUUUACUGGGUACAGAGGAACAACACCUGAGUCCUCAGGAAUGGCAACGCAUGGGGGGGUAUCAUGGGCGAAACAGUAUACUCUGUUAUGUCCAUGGUACUGCUCGUGUCUAUAGGCGACGGUUACCACUUUCCAUCAGGUGGGCCGUCAGCUUGUUGGCCAUUCUAAGUUGUAUAAAAAAAAAAUCCUUUAUAAAACUUAUUAAAAAAUGAAUAUUGAGUGAAUUUUUAUAUUUAUAUCAUUUGUGGUGUUAACAUAAACCAAUGAACGUUUACAAUAUUAUUAAAAUUUGAAAUGUGUAUAAAUACAAUAUUAUUGUAUUGAUACACAUUUCAAAUAUUAAAAAAAAAAAAAAAACUGUUCCUUUAGUCCUUUUUUUUAUUACUAUGUUAUUAAAUGGAUAUAUUGUUAUUUUAUAUUCUUUAUAUUGAUAUUUGUAAAAGAGGAUUAAUAGAAAAUACUAAAUAAUCAUUGAUUUGAGCUUCUUACAUUCGAAUGACGCUACGACUUAGGUUUUUAUGUAGCAAAUAUAAAAUCACUAAAUAGUAUAAAACAAAGUCGCUGUCGCUGUCUGUCUGUCCCUAUGUAUGCUUAAAUCUUUAAAACUAUUCAACGGAUUUUGACGCGUUUUUUUUUUAAUAGAUAGAGUGAUUCAAGAGGAAGGUUUAUAUGUUUAAUACAUGCAUAAUAUUGUAGAGAAACAUUGAUAAUUUUAGAGGUUUCUAAUGUGAUGUCGUAAAUAAACACAUUUAUUAGCAUUUCACCCGUGCGAUGCCGGGGCGGGUGUCUAGUAUACUAAUAUAUAAGUAAAAUUACAGUGUAAUUUAAUAUUAUUUUUUUUAAUACAUUUAUCAACACAACUCGACGUCCAAUAAAAUUGCAGUGUUUCCAACAUUUGCCAUAUAAAUGCAUUUAUUUAUAAUACUUACUAUUUAUAAUGUAACUAUACACGUAUGAUUUAUUUAUAUACUAUAAGCAAAUAUAGGGUAACUCAUUAGGGAAUUGACGCUGUAAUACCUAUAUUAUUUCAUUAGUAAUUAUACACAAGUGUUUUGGAAUCGUUGAUUAUUAUUGUUUAUAAUUAUUAACUGUAAUUUUUUUUAAAACGUGUGUAAAGGGAAAUUUUAUGCUGUGACAUAAAGCGCUAUAUGCCCUCUGAGGAAGAUUUCUAAAUGAAGUCGAUAUAUAUAUAUAUAUAUAUAUGUAUA